GAUUUGAUGCAGGAAAUAAGUGAAUUGCGAUUGAGAGUGGGAGACAUGGACAACGAAAGGCUCCAAUAUGAGAAAAAACUGAAAACAACCAAAGAUGAGCUAGCAGCUUUGAAAGACAAACUAGAGCAGAAGGAAGCUGAAGUAAAAAGGUUGCAAGAGAAAUUAGUUUGCAAGCUGAAAGGAGAAGCAAUUGAAAUACUGGACAGAGAUGAAAACUGUAAAAAGAAGCUCAAAGAUAAAAAUAUAGAGGUACAGAAAAUGAAGAAGGCAGUAGAGUCUCUAAUGGCAGCAAAUGAAGAAAAGGAUCAGAAGAUAGAAGAGCUCCGGCAGUCUCUGAAUAGGUACAAGAAAGUUCAAGACAUGGUGAUACUGGCUCAAGGUAAAAAAGGCAAGGAAAGUGACAAUGAAGACUUCUUGAAUUCAGGAUCUGUUUCUACAGUUUUAUUUGACACACCAAGUCUAACUGACCCAUCCCAAAUCCCAGUAACACCAUCUCCAGUCCACGAUGAGUUUAACAUGAAUAUUCAAGAAGAGAUCCACCCCAGUAUUUUACAGAUUUCAAUCCCUUCUUUUUCGUCAACAUCCAAGAGCCCAGAAACUGUUGCAGAGAAAGUGAAAACACAGCCUAGGCAAGAUCCUGCAAGUGAAAUGAGUGAGGGAAGAUCAACAGGUUCCUCCCCAGAAACUCAGCUGUGUGAUAAUCCAGUAACUUCUUCACUGCAGAAGUCCAGCAGUCUGAGCAGUUUGAGAAAAGAGACAUCCGAAGUGGACAGAGACUCUGCACAGAAGCCAACAGAGGUUAAACCUCCUGUGGAAAGUCAUAGUUUUGCAACCAUCCCUCCAAAGUCUCCUUCUCGUGGUGGCACAGGCGAUGAGGAUAGUUUUGGUACCCGUAAAGCCAGAUCUUCAUUUGGACGAGGCUUUUUCAAGAUAAAAAAUAACAAGAGGACUGCGAGUGCCCCCAAUCUGGAUCGCAGUCGAAGUGCAAGUGCACCUACUUUAGCUGAAACAGAGAAGGGAUCUGCAGAUCACUUGGACCUGGCUGGCUUGCCCCCUCGCCCAAGGGAAAUGGAUAGUCUACAGAUGACACCACCUUCUCCAGAUUCAAAGAAAAAAGCCAGAGGGAUCAAGAAGUUAUUUGGAAAACUUAAAAGAAGUCAGUCUACCACCUUCAACCCAGACGACAUGUCCGAAACGGAGUUCAAAAGAGGAGGGACCAGAGCAACUGCAGGGCCACGACUGGGCUGGUCUCGAGACCUGGGGCAGUCUCACAAUGAGUUGGACAUGCCAUUUGCAAAGUGGACGAAGGAGCAGGUUUGCAGCUGGCUCCAGGACCAAGGGCUAGGCUCUUAUAUAAGUAAUGGGAAACACUGGAUACUGUCUGGGCAAACACUUCUGCAGGCCUCUCAGCAGGAUCUGGAAAAGGAGCUUGGGAUAAAGCACCCAUUGCAUCGGAAGAAACUUCAGCUUGCUCUGCAGGCACUCGGGUCUGAAGAGGAAAACAAUCAUGGCAAACUGGAUUACUACUGGGUUACGAGGUGGCUGGAUGACAUUGGCCUCCCCCAGUAUAAGACCCAGUUUGAUGAAGGAAAAGUGGAUGGCCGAAUGCUCCAUUACAUGAGCGUGGAUGACUUGCUGUCCUUGAAAGUUGUCAGUGUCCUCCACCACCUCAGCAUCAAAAGAGCUAUUCAAGUUUUGAGAAUAAAUAACUUUGAGCCCAACUGUCUGCGCAGGAGACCAUCUGAUGAGAGUAAUGUCACACCUUCCGAGGUCACCCAAUGGACCAAUCAUCGUGUGAUGGAGUGGUUGCGCUCUGUUGAUCUGGCAGAGUAUGCACCUAACCUGCGGGGGAGUGGUGUGCAUGGGGGAUUGAUGGUUUUGGAGCCUCGUUUCAAUGUAGAAACUAUGGCACAGUUGCUGAACAUCCCCCCAAACAAAACACUACUGAGGCGGCACUUAGCAACUCAUUUCAACCUCCUCAUUGGGCAGGAGGCCCAGCAGCAGAAACGUGAAGCCAUGGAGGCCCCAGACUAUGUCCUUUUAACGGCAACUGCCAAAGUAAAGCCAAAGAAACUUGCCUUCAGCAAUUUUGGGAGCCUGAGGAAGAAGAAGCAAGAUGAUGUGGAAGAGUAUGUGUGUCCUAUGGAGCUUGGGCGGGCUUUUGGAAGUAGGUCGAAGAAGGGUUUUAAGGCUGGCCUGGAUAUCCGGGUAUAUGACGACGAUGAUUUCGACAGGCUGGAGCAGAUGGAAGAUUCAGAAGGAACAGUGAGGCAAAUAGGAGCAUUUUCUGAAGGCAUCAACAACCUGACACACAUGUUGAAAGAAGAUGAAAUGUUUAAAGACUUUGAGACUCGCUCUCCUAGCACGAGUAUAACAGAUGAGGACUCCAAUAUGUGACAGUAACCACCAGGCACUGACAAGGGCUCGCUUUCCUAUGUGCAAGAAAUGUCAUCAUUAUACGUGAUGGACAGCAGAUCAUGUACAUUACAUUGUUCUUGCUUCUGUUUGUUAGAAGUAACACUGGGGGAUGGAGAAUUUAAAAAAAAAAAGGGAGGAAAAGGUGCCUACUCUAAAGUUGCCAUAAGAAAUAUCCAGACACUGUUGAAUGGUAAUUGUUUUUACAUU